UUGACAUAACCUAAAAAAAAAACCAAACCUAUACUUACUGUGGAAAAUAUCAAAAACAUAAUGAAUAUGCUUUCAAAAGUAUCAUUUAGCAUUUUAUCGCCUAAACAAGGAAAUAGGUCAUUCAUCAGCAUUUUAUCGAAAAGUACUGUAGCUGUGAAAAUCGAGCAAAAUGAAGAACCCCAGAAAAAUAAUCUUGCCGAUUAUAGGUUUAAAUACCCGGAAUUCCUUCCAGAUCCUAAAAUAGAAUUUCGAAAUUCGUUAAGAGAAAAACUCGAACGUAAAGAUAUGUUAGCGAGAAGAACUCAAAUCGAUAUUCCAGAAUUUUAUGUUGGUUCAAUAUUAUCGGUGACAUCUGCCGAUAAGCACACGCUGGGAAAACCGCAAAAAUUUGUUGGGAUUUGUAUUAAAAGAGAAGGUUGUGGUUUGCGAGCUAAAUUUAUCUUAAGAAAUAUAAUAGAACAACAAGGUGUCGAAAUUUUAUAUGAACUUUACGAUCCAAGCAUUCAAAAAGUAGAAGUUUUAAAACUUGAAAAACGCCUUGAUGAUGAACUCCUUUAUUUAAGAGACGCCCUCCCAGAAUACAGCACUUUUGAUGUGAACAUGGAAGCUGAACAAUUACCUGAUGGUGCGCCGGUACCUGUUAACAGUUUAAAAGUAAAACUAAAACCAAGACCUUGGUUGGAAAGGUGGGAGCGGAAAAAUCUGAAAGGUGUGCAAGAUUUGGGACUACCUGAAAGGUUCUAUAAAAGAGCUGAGGAAUUGGCUAAACCUUGGGAGAAGUAUGAUUUAAUGAAAGAGUACAUGAGGACAAUUCCUGAGGAGGAACAAAAAGAAAUUUAUUCAGAAAUUCAGACUCAUUUGCAAAAAUUAGAUAUUACUAAACGUAAGAUGAAGAGGAAGAGAACUUUUGUUCAACCUGUUAAGUUAGGUUAAAAUAUUGAUUUAGGAAGUUGUCAAUUUUUAAAUAGAAUUUAAAAAAAUCUUAA